UGCGAGGAUACAGCUCAUGUUUGAAGACCAGAAAGGACAUUUUUAUUGAGGUUCGAUUUUGGGGUGGGAGACACAGUUGUGUGUUUUUCAACCAGUUUUAAAGGGAUGCUCUAAGGCGGGUCUCUCGAGCGCUCACCUGGAAGCAGUGAAAGUCUUCUUAGUUUUGUUUCAAAACGACAAAAAAAAUUGUGACACGAGGUUUCUUUCGCAGUAUGUCACUGGAAUACGCCAUUCUUGUUCACUAAAUGGACUAUUGAAUACAUGUUACUUGUUUGGUUAGAUAUUUUCAACAAUACGUUUUUUUUAUGAUAUCUCUAACAGUGAAAAUAGAUUACCAGUGAAAUAUCACAACUUUGUUACUCAAAUUAGACAGUCGCGUUAACGGUCAAUACGAGAUAGAAAGCUGUUAUCUCAUGUUUUUGUUGUCGUUGCCCGCAGUGCAAACUAGGCAUUUUUUGUAUUUUAUUAAAUUGAUUAGGUAGGCUACAUUGUUGCAAUUUCCUUAGCGCUCGGGUAGUGCACGAGUGCAACAUUAUAACAACAAAUACAUUGGUAUCCUGGACAACAGCAACAUGAGGAUACAGGGUUAAAAACAAAGUUUACAUAAAGUGUAAGUGCACUGACUUAUUGUAUAUAUAAAUUAACCAUUUGUGGCAGUACGUUGCCCAUAACAUCUGAAGGCUCAAUUCGAUUCGUGAGGUAUUGAAUAGGCUACACCAGAAUACUGCAACAAGUGUUGUGAAGUGUGCUGUGUGUUCUUACCGAAGCGCACAUUGAGUUGCUACGUCCAAGUGCUCUUUAGCUGUCAAUUGAGAGUGACCACAGGCAUAGCUGCAGCAGCAAGUGUCAGAGCGAGGACUGAACAACUCUUAUCACCAAAAUGACGAACGGACCAAGGCAACGGGGCAGCGCAGCCGCGUCUAGCGGGGAUGCUGUCGCCGAGUCCGGGAAGGAGUCAGGAGGAGGGGUGGCUCUGAAGAAAGAGAUCGGCCUUGUGAGCGCCUGCGGAAUUAUUGUUGGUAACAUCAUCGGGUCGGGGAUCUUCGUCAGCCCUAAGGGUGUGAUGGAGAACGCCAGCUCCGUGGGUCUGGCGCUGAUCGUGUGGAUCGUCACUGGUAUCAUCACAGCCAUCGGAGCGCUGUGCUACGCCGAGCUGGGUGUCACCAUCCCCAAGUCAGGGGGAGACUACGCAUACGUCAAGGACAUCUUCGGAGGACUGGCAGGGUUCCUGCGUCUAUGGAUCGCAGUGCUGGUGAUAUACCCCACCAACCAGGCGGUGAUCGCACUCACCUUCUCCAACUACGUCCUACAGCCCCUCUUCCCAACCUGCUUCCCCCCAGAGAAUGGUCUGCGCCUGCUGGCCGGCGUCUGCCUACUGUUGUUGACGUGGGUGAACUGCUCCAGUGUGCGAUGGGCCACCCGUGUCCAGGACAUCUUCACAGCUGGCAAGCUGCUGGCCCUGGCUCUCAUCAUUAUCAUGGGCAUCGUGCAGAUCUGCAAGGGGGAGUACUAUUGGCUGGAGCCAGCCCAUGCCUUCGAGCCCUUCCAGGAGUACGAUGUGGGGCUGAUAGCCCUGGCCUUCCUACAAGGCUCCUUCGCCUAUGGGGGAUGGAACUUCCUCAACUACGUCACUGAGGAGCUGGUCGACCCCUAUGUGAAUCUUCCUCGGGCCAUCUUCAUCUCCAUCCCCUUGGUGACGUUCGUCUACGUGUUCGCCAACAUCGCCUACGUCACCGCCAUGAGUCCUCAGGAGCUGCUGGCCUCCAACGCUGUUGCCGUGACGUUUGGUGAGAAGCUGCUGGGAGUGAUGUCAUGGAUCAUGCCCAUCUCUGUGGCUCUGUCCACCUUCGGAGGGGUCAACGGAUCCCUCUUCACCUCCUCACGGUUGUUCUUUGCUGGAGCCAGAGAGGGCCACCUCCCCAGUCUCCUGGCCAUGAUCCACGUGAAGCGCUGCACACCCAUCCCUGCUCUGCUCUUCACUUGUCUGUCCACCCUGCUGAUGCUGUGCACCAGUGACAUGUACACCCUCAUCAACUACGUGGGCUUUAUCAACUACCUCUUCUACGGGGUCACUGUUGCCGGGCAGAUUGUGCUGCGCAUCAAGGAACCUGACAUGCACCGACCAAUCAGGAUCAGUCUGGCGUGGCCUGUGAUCUACCUGUUGUUCUGGGCCUUCCUGCUCAUCUUCUCCCUGUACUCUGAGCCUGUGGUGUGUGGCCUCGGUAUGGCUAUCAUGUUGACUGGAGUGCCUGUCUACUUCCUGGGUGUCUACUGGGACAACAAGCCUGAGUGCUUCAACACCUUCGUUGCCAAGAUGACCUACCUGGGGCAGAAGUUCUGUGUGGUGGUGUACCCAGGAGAGACGAAGGGAGCCGAGGAGGCAGGGAGCAGGGAGGAGUGCGAGGAGCUGAAGGAGUCCCGGGCUCAAAAGUCUGCAGACUGCUGAACACAGACCCCCCCCACAACUACUCACCAUACACACACAGACACACACACACAAACUCAGAGAAACACACUCUCGUUGAGGUAGUCAGAGGUUCAGGUAUAUCACUAUGGCAGAGGGGAGUAAACACUCACACUCACAGACAAGGAAACACUCAGUGACACACACUGUUCUUUUAAUGUGUUCAGACAUCUGAUUGUAGCUUUGUUUCAAUCACGAAUGCUGUACCAAAUAGAGAAAAGGAGGAGAAGGAGGUGGAGGUGGUGAGAAGGAGGAGAAGAGAAACAUUUAGAGGAGAGGGAAGAUUAUAGACCUAUAUCUGGUCAUUACAAUUUAGUCAACCUCCUUUCGAUGCGGCUUAUUGUAGAAUUGUAGAAGACAUAUCCAACCUGACAUCCUCACAGAUACACAUAUAUUUUCAUCCCCUGAUUUAUUUUAUUUUGACAAUAACAAGGACUCCUCUUUUUCUUCCCCCUCCUCCUCCUUCACACACUCCCUGCGCACUCCAUGAGUGAGAGAGUGGCAGUCAUUUUAAAGUACUCGCACUGUACUGUGGCAGAUUCAUCAUCAGUAUUGCUUCUGUGUUAGUUUGUAUUUCUUUUUGCCACCUUUUGAAUUUGCCUUGUCUUACUGAAAACAUACCAAAGCUGGAUUUUUUGAUUGUCAAAAACAUCAAAUUAAUAUAAAUUCAUUUCAUGUUCUAUGUCAAAUACACUAAAUACUGUCUGUGUUUCCAAAAUGGAUUUUUCAAUUUGUCAUAAUUGUUUAUAUCAUGUGUCAGUGUUAUUAUUUUAGUUUUAUUAUGUUCGUUUUAGUUUUUUUUUAAAGUUUUUUUUACAUCAUGCAACAGCGUAAUCUGGUUCGGUGCCUGUCAGAUCCUUGCCUGGUGCAAAAUCAGUUCCAACUCUUUAAUCACCCUAAUUCUGAUAUAUUUUGUACUUAGGAUUUAGUCUGUUUUUGUUAUCAUUGAUGUUGACAGAUGAUUUUAUUCUGAUAUUUUUAAAGAGCUCAGAAAACAUUUCAUGUUGAAGAAAAAAAGAAAGGAGUGGCCAUUUUGAAUAUUCCACAUUGACUCAGUGACUUCAUUUUACUGGACACCUGAGAACGAUUUCAUUAAAGACAGACAAUCAACUACA